UGUGGCGUCACCAGUGGCGGCGAGGCGCGGCCGCCGAGCUGCGCCCCUCCGGCCCCGCGGCCAUGCCCAAGCGGGGCUGCCCCUUCGCGGACGCGGCCCCGCUGCAGCUCAAAGUCCGCGUGGGCCAGAGGGAGCUGAGCCGCGGCGUGUGCGCCGAGCGCUAUUCGCGGGAGAUCUUCGAGAAGACCAAGCAACUCCUUUUUCGAGGGGCCCAGGCCUACAUGGACCACGCGUGGGAGGAAGACUGCGCUAUCGUUGACCUGCCGGAGUCCCCAAAGCCCAGCCCCACGGAGGCCUCUCGGGCAGCACGUGGACAGAUGCUAAUCGGCCCGGAUGGCCGGCUGACCAGGAGCCGGGCCCAGGCCGCCGAAGCCGACCCGUCUGGGGCAGCAUCCGGAGCCUGCUCCUCGUGCGUGCGAGCCGUGGACGGGAAGGCGGCAUGUGGCCAGUGUGAGCGUGCCCUCUGCAGGCUGUGCGUGCGCAGUUGCGGCGGCUGUGGGGCCGUGGUCUGCGCCGUGUGUGCCCUCGUGGACUGUGGUGACGUUCACGAGAAGGUGCUGUGUGCCAGCUGUGCCAUGUUCGAAGCCUGAGCCUGCGCGUGCGUGAAUGGCAGCCCCGCCUGGACGGCUGCGCCUGUGUCAACGUGGAGAAGCCGGGGAGCGGCCUUUCGUUUUAUAUUUUGUACUCCUGAGGACAGAAGUGAAUAAACCCUUUAUAUUUGGACAAGA